AUGUUUGCACGACCACAUGUCUCGUCGAUCUGUAAACGGCCUGCAGUGAUUCGACUACUCAGACAGCCUCAGAGCCAUUGUCUCCAUGCGUCGUCUCCAUUGACUCUUCCUCGGCGAAAAGACUUCUUCUCAUCCAAUGCUUUUCUUACUCAAAAGCAAUCCGAAGUCAGUGAGACGACCGAAAAGGCCACACUAGAAUCUCAGAAGCAACGGAGAAGGGGCGGACGAUUCCCAGCUGCGCCGGUAUCACUACGAAGAGUCGCGGUAGAGGCUCAGAGGUCAAAGGAUAACUUCAGGUCGAAAGCUCGGCUAAGGGAGGAUGGCCUUUUGCAGACAAAGGCAGUCACUGCCUAUGCAGUAGCCGAACAAUUCAACAUCCGCAAAGUCCGCGAUAUUCUGCAAGAAAAAGGCUAUGAGCCAGAUCCUCUGGAGACUGGCCUAUAUCCCCAAGUUGUCCACGUUCAAGUUCCUCUCGAUUCGAUACGCCGAGUGAGUAAUCCCAGUGCCGCUGGUCUAUCCUCCGAAGAAGUCGGCGACAUCUUUGUCUUUCCCUCGGGUACAGUCGUUUCAUGGGCACUUCCGGAGGGCUUUACCUCGUUCUUGGCAACAAGGACUCUCCUUCCGGCGGCAGAGGGAGCUCAUGUUGAUAACCUAGAAACAGAAGAUUUAGAGUACGUCGAAGAUGCUCAACGAGAAAACAGUAGUAUUCAAGGCGACACCAUAAUCCUUGGAACUAAGCUUAGCGAACUUGGUUUAGAGCCACAGCCUGGCCAUCAGUCUGUGGAUACAGUUUUGACCAAGGUCGCAUUCUCCUCGGGGCUGGCCCGCAGCACAAAGCUCGCGGUUUUGGAGUCACUGCUUGCCAGCUACUUUGAAUCUACACGGCCGAUACCGACACUUUUGUCCCAGGGAUCUCGUCUCCCCUUUACUCGAGAUUUUAUACUUCGAAAGACCGGCCAACUGCUGAGCGUCCGUGCGCAGUUGAAUCUUUACUCAGAGCUCACUGACUCGCUUCCUGAUUUAUUUUGGGAUAGUCGGCAUGAGCUUGGUCUGGAAGGAUACUACGAGCAGGUUGGAAGGGCUUUGGAUGUGGGAAUCCGCAUCAAGCUACUCAACGAGAAAAUGGAUUAUGCGCAAGAAAUUGCCAGUGUUCUCCGUGAAAGACUAAGCGAGACACACGGCCUCCGACUGGAAUGGAUAAUUAUACUUCUCAUUGCUGUCGAGGUUGGAUUCGAGGUUCUGAGGCUGUACAAAGAACGGUUGCACGAACAAGCCAUCGCGGUUGAACAGAGUGGCGAAGCAUGA